CCCAGCCCCGGCCCGGCCGCGGCCUCACCUCGGCUUCCCCAGGGGGGGCUCGGGCACCAACAUGGGCGCCGCCAUCUUGCGGGAACCGACGGGACGUCACGUGACCCCGCGGCGGAAGGAUGCACAGAAUGCUUUCAAAGUACGGAUUAGUAUCAAAACGGCUUUGGGAGAUAAUGCAUAUGCCUGGGAUGCUAAUGAAGAGUACCUCUUCAAAGCAAUGGUGGCUUUUGCAAUGAGAAGAUAUUCCAGCAAGAGCACAACUCAAAUUUCCAAUGUGCUGCUCUGCAAUGUGACAGACCGGGUGUCCUUCUGGUUUGUGGUCACAGACUCUUCCAAAAAUGUGACAACUGUUCCUGGAAGUGAGGUAGAGGCAGCCAUCAGGAUGAACCGGAACAGAAUCAACAAUGCCUUCCUACUGAGUGACAAAACACUGCAGUUCCUGAAGAUAACCUCAACCUUAUCACCUCCUGUUGAACCCUCUACACCUGUCUGGCUUAUUGUAUUUGGUGUUGUUCUUUGUCUCAUUGUGGCUGGGAUUGUUUUCCUCAUUGUUUCAGGGAUUCAGAAACACAAGAAAAAGAAUAAAGAGUCAACAGAGAGAGAAAAUUUAGAAGAGAAAGUUGAAGUGACACUAGAAAACGGGAUUCCUUGUGAAGCACUUGAUAUAAAAGCAGGCCACAUUAAUGGAGUCUUUGCAGCAGAUGAUGACCGGUUCACAUCCCUAUGAAAUGCUGCCACUGCUCUCUGGUGGUUUUCUGAAAGACUCCUGUGCCUGCCUUUUCUCAUCACUACUCCUGAAUGUCAAACAUGAAGACAAGAAAAAUGUCCUUUCACGUGAUUUCCCUUGAGAGAACCUUUUGCUUGGGUGAACCUUGAUUACAGUUCUUUUACAUGAGCAAUGCAACUA